UUUCAUCUAAAAAAGAAACAAAAAUUCAGCAUCUAUGCUUAUUAUAUCUUUCAAGAAUUGAAGAAGAUCAGAAGAUAUAUACAUACAUAUAUGCAAUGAUUUCAACAAGUAUCGAACAAAAUCAAGGGUUGAUGAUGCAGAUGUUCCCUACUCCUCCUCCUGGGAGUGAGGAUUUGGUGUCACAACAAUCUAUGGAAAUAGUUAAUAACUCUUCUGUUGGUUCUUCUUCUUCAUCUACAGCUGCUGCUUCUUCUUCUUCACACUCAAGCUCCCUUCUCUUCAAUCUCUCUGUUCUCAAGGACAAGCUUAAUCAGGUUCAGACCCUGGUUGGUGUUAUUCUCUCCCCAGAUCAGAACCUUCAGGACUCAACUACCUCCAUGGCUGUUUCAAGCAUGAACUCCACAAUCCAAGAAAUCAUAGUCACUGCAACUUCAAUGAUGUUCACCUGCCAACAGAUCGCUCUCGCUUUUCCUCCUCCUCCUCCUCCUCCUCCUCCUCCAGGUACCAUUGCUACUACUGUUGCUUUCGCCAACAACCACCAUGAAUUGCACCAACAACAACAUCAAAGGUUAUUGAUCAAUAAUAACAAUGAUAAUAUUAGAGGUUUCUUUUCUAGUACUACUGAUUCUGAGGCACUGGAUAAUUGGCUUGGUGAAAGCUAUAACAAUACUGGUGGUGUUGAUUGUAAGGUUAAUAAUAACGAUGAUGAUGAUCCAAGUGUUGAAAUUAGAGAUAGCAAACAAGGAGCAAAGAAGUUGGAUAUAAUUGAAUUGGAUGCUGCGGAUUUGUUGGCGAAAUACACACAUUACUGCAGUGUUUGUGGGAAAGGGUUCAAGCGGGAUGCGAAUUUGAGGAUGCACAUGAGAGCUCAUGGUGAUGAAUACAAAACGAGUGCCGCAUUGAGUAACCCAUUGAAGCAGAAUGGUGAUUGCUUGCCGAAGAAGUACUCGUGCCCUCAAGAAGGGUGUAGGUGGAACCAGAAGCACGCAAAGUUUCAGCCAUUGAAGUCAAUGAUAUGUGCAAAGAAUCACUACAAGAGAAGCCAUUGUCCAAAGAUGUACGUGUGCAAGAGGUGUAACCAGAAGCAGUUCUCGGUGCUGUCUGAUCUGAGAACACAUGAGAAGCACUGUGGGGAUCUCAAAUGGCAGUGUUCUUGUGGCACCACUUUCUCCAGGAAAGACAAGCUUAUGGGACAUGUUGCUUUGUUUGUUGGCCACCGAGCCCUUUCCAUUGCCUUCCACCAAUACAAUAGUGCAGCUUAAUGGUUGGAAAUAUGCAUGUGUAUGGAAUUUUGGCUGAGUAUAGUUUGUGGUGCUGACAAGUGACAUGGCCCUUUGAAAAUGAAGUGGGACGCUGCUUUGUUGCACUUCAUGAAUUGAGAUCAUCUCUCUGGUUGCUAUGAUUGAAAACAUAGUAGUAAGAAAAUAAUCUCAAUAAUCUUCUUUAAUUGAUUAGCUAGCAGUUAAUAAUUAGUCAACAAAAGUUUUGUACAUUCAAAAUCUGUGUUGAAGGAAUGUAUCAAUAAUGUUAUGUAUAGAGAGAG